AUGCAGAGCCGCCGGGAAGGGGAGGAUCGAGGAAGGGCCCGCCGCAAGAGCAAGGCGAGGCAAAGGAUGGAAGGCUACUGCAUGCUGUACACCGACUACUUCGCCGAUGAUCCAUUGCACAACGAUGUGAUCUUUCGGCGCCGAUUCAGAAUGUCUCGGAAGCUUUUUUUGAAGAUCGCCGAGUACCUCCGGGACUGCGACGAUUACUUCAAAUUGAAGAGGGACGCCAUCGGCACACUCGGUUUCACAUCAAUUCAGAAAUGCACGGUAUCCCUCCGGUUGCUUGCUUAUGGAAUUCCUGCCGAUACACAGGACGACUACCUCCGCAUGGCCGAGUCCACGACCAUCGAUUGCAUGUACAGGUUCUGUAGGGCAAUUGUGGCGGUGUUUGGAGAGCAGUACUUGAGGACACCCACCGCAAAAGACACAGCUCGGAUCAUGGCACAGAAUGCAGAAAGAGGAUUCCCAAGUAUGCUUGGCAGCAUCGACUGUAUGCAUUGGUCAUGGAAGAACUGUCCAUUUGCACACCAGGGCAUGUAUAAAAGCCACAAAGAAUCAUGCGGUGUGGUGCUUGAGGCGGUGGCCGAUCAGGAUCUGUGGAUUUGGCAUGCCUUCUUCGGUAUGGCAGGAUCGCACAAUGACAUCAAUGUGCUGCAAUGCUCGAAUGUGUUUGCCAAGCUUGUUGAAGGCACUGCUGCUCCGGUGAACUAUGACAUCAAUGGCCAUGUGUACAAUAAGGGAUACUACCUGGCAGAUGGCAUCUAUCCAAGAUGGUCGACGUUUGUGAAGACAAUCUCAAACGCACCCGCAGGAGGAGCAAGAUCUUGGUUUGCGAUGCAACAGGAAGCAUGCAGAAAGGAUGUCGAGCGGGCAUUUGGUGUGUUGCAGGCUCGAUUUGCCAUCGUCUGGUACCCUGCUCUCACUUGGUCGAAAGAUCAGAUGUGGGAGGUCAUGACUGCCUGUGUGAUCAUGCACAAUAUGAUCAUCGAGAGCGAGCGGGAAUGUCCGGUGUUUGACACUGAACCGUAUGAACGGAUGGGUCCUCUAGCCAAUGUCAAUCACCAGGUGCCGGCCGCCUUUGCUGCUUUCCUCGGCCGGCGGCAAGAAAUUCGAGACGCCGGUACUCAUCAGCAGCUUCAAGAUGAUCUGGUCGAGCAUUUGUGGAGGCUCCGAGGAAACGUUUAG